CUGAGAAUGGAAAAUGGUAGUAUGGGAGGGAACAUGAGAAGUGAUAGUGAAUAGCAUAGAAAGCUAACUUCAGAGCAGUCCAAGUGCUGCCUUUGACACAUACUAAUUGUGAGAAUCUGAGUGGGUCACAGGUCACUUAGUCCUAUCAGUGUCCUAGGCAACUCUCUAAGAUUGAAAGUUGCAGAGAAAGUGCUGACUUAUUUUGGUAGACCAAGUUUUGGCAAUAUAGGGGGUAGAAGGGAGAUUCCCAUCAUCACUGAAAUUACAGCUUUGGUCUCACAUCCCCUAAUAGCUGAGUACAUAGAAGAGAUCAAAUAGCAUUCCCUCUCUGCUGCUACUUAUAUUUUUCAGGCGGAGGUAGGGGGUGAGUGGAAACAGGAUAGGUCUUAGAGCCCUAAAGGACUCCCCUUGGAACAGCGGUGAUUAUCACUAUAAAGCUCCCUGCUUCAAAUCAUCAGGAGAGUUAAUAUGAGAUUGAACUUAAUUCUCCUAAAUAUAUAGCACACUUUGGUUUGGCUGAUAAAUAUGUUUUGUUUCUCCUUCCUGCCCCCUCUCCCCCCAAACAAAAAAUAAAUAAUUAGUUCUCUGGGCAGUUGGGACAGAUCCAAUACUGAUUUUAAACUCAUUUUGCAUUCCGAGUCCUUAACAACAUGCUUGAUUGAAUGCAGGAAUCUGCUCUCCCCAUAGAAAUAUAGCCUAUAGGACGACGAAUGGAUUACGUUAACCUGGCACCAUGUUUACUUGAGGUAAAAUGUCCUCCAGUUCCAGGAGAUCCAGAUUGGACUGAGGUAUUGUUUCAGGUGCUCAUGGAAUCCCGGAAGGUUCCUCCUUGGGUGCGGAAAUUUAUAAGACGGAGAUUUGUACCAAAAGGGAAGCUGAUGGAUUAUAUCACCUCUAUAGCCAUUGUCCCCCUGCUUGUUGGCUGCAUGGGAAUCUUCGGUCUCUUCAAGUUGCUGCAGUGGGUACGAAUGAAGGCCUACAUCCAGGAUUCUGUAGUCGUGAUUACAGGGGCAACCUCUGGCCUGGGGAAAGAAUGUGCUAAAGUUUUUCAUGCGGCUGGUGCUAAGUUAAUUCUUUGUGGACGAAGUCAAGAGAAGCUAGAAGAGUUCGUUAGUGAGUUAUCUGCUACUCACUCUCGAAAGACACACAGGCCUCAUAUUGUAGUCUUUGACCUUGCUGAUUCUGACACUAUAGUCCCUGCAGCGAAUGAAAUCCUACAAUACACUGGUUAUGUGGACAUAUUAAUCAAUAAUGCAGGGAUCAGCUAUCGAGGCACAAUAAUGGAUACUGCCCUGGAGGUGGACAAAAAAGUGAUGGAGACAAACUACUUUGGUCCUGUUGCCUUAACAAAAGCAAUUCUACCCUCCAUGAUCGCAAAGAAACAAGGUCACAUCGUUGUAAUUAGCAGCAUUCAGGGCAAAAUCAGUAUUCCUUUCAGAUCUGCAUAUGCAGCCUCCAAGCAUGCAACCCAAGCAUUCUUUGACUGUCUGCGGGCAGAGAUGCAACAGCAUGAAAUUGAUGUGACUGUAAUCUGCCCUGGCUAUAUCCAGACCAAUCUCUCCCUCAAUGCUUUAACUGCAGAUGGAUCCAAAUAUGGAGAUAUGGGAACUGAAGCCUAGAGAGGUUAAGUGACUGUCAUUAAUUAUCAGGAUCUUCAUUAUCAGAACUGGGAAUCAAUCCUAGAUCCAACACCAUUCCUACCACACAGUUCUCUCCAGCUAGACUGGGAGUUCCCUCCCUUCCCCACCCCAUUUUGUACCUGAUAGCUGCUUAAUAAAUACUCGUUGAUUACACAUAAGAGAGAAGGAGAUUUCAAUGCCUUUGGUAAUCCAUCCCAUUAGUCAUUUUCCAAAGUUAGGACACUCCAUAUAAAACACUGGGACUAUUACUGACUCACAGAAUUAUAGUUUGGAAUGACCUUGAGAGUUCAUCUAAGUUUCUGUUUCUACCUACGGAAAGAUUAACAGAGGCCAAAUAAAUUUACUGGAAAACAAAAACCAAAACCAAAAAAAAGAUUUACAGAGGUCUUUCCUACUCCCUCUUCCCCGUAGUUUCUCUCCCCACCUCCAGAAAUUAGUUUGUAUAGAUUACAUAGGCUCUCCCAGAAUACUUCUCAUUUCCCUCAGGCAGAAAAUUAGCUUCCGGUGGACCAAGACUAUUUUGUUUCUACCUUUAUUGCCCCCAGGGCUUAGCUCAGAGCCUGUGCUGUAAGCUUCUGAGAUUUCUUAAAGCCUUAGGAAAGUGAAAGGGAUGACUGACUAGCUGUUUUCAUUUUCAGAUUCCCAAAGAUUCCCAAAUACUGCUUCCUAACUAACUCUAGGAUCUAUUGGUACAGCUAACAUGUAUAUAGUACUUGUUAAACAUUGUUAUAUACAUUGUCUCUUGAUCAGUUAAUUCACCAAUCACUUUAUUAAGCAUCUGCCAUUGAGUAAUUGUUUUAAAGUUCAAGAAAUCUUAAGAGAAAUGGAUUCCUGUAUUUCAGCAAAGGAUAUUAUUAAAGAGGAGCUCAAACAAGUUUUGGGCCACUGAAUUGAUCGGGAGAUGUUUAGCCUGGAGUCACUGUCUUCAACUAUUGUCCUGGGGCAGAGGGAUUUAAUUUGUUCAUUACCUCUAAGGGCCAGAGUUCAGAGUGGUGGGAAGAAGUUAAAGAUGUAGUUCUAGACUUGGUAUAAAGACAAAACUUCUUAACAAUUAAAGCUUUCUGGGGUAACUAGGUGGUGCAGUGGAUAGAACCCCAGCCCUGAAGUCCGAAGGAGCUGAAUUCAAAUGUGACCUCAGAUACUUAACACUUCCUAGCUGUGUGACCUUGGGCAAGUCACUUAACCCUAAUUGCCUCGGUGGAAAAAAAAAAAAGGAAAAAAUCAUUAAAGCUUUCCAUAAAUAUUGCCUCAGGAGAUAGAAGGAAGGGGGGAAGUUCAGUGGUAAGGUACUGUUGAAGAGGAGGAGAAGGGUAUUGGCAUGGCCUAGAGUCAGGGGGAAUCGGAGUUUAAACAUGGCCUCAGGAUCUUCCUAGUUAUGUGGCCUGGGCAACUUCAAUCUUCCUCAGCUUCCUCAUCUGUAAAAUGGGGGUGAUAGUAACACACCUACCUCCCUGGUUUAUGAGGAUCAAAUGAGAUUAUCAUUGUAAAGUCUUAUUGUGAAAAACUUUACAAUGUGAAUCUGAUACAUAGUAAGUGCUAUAUAAAUAUUAGCUAUUAUUAUUAUUAAAAGAUAUUCCCUCAACUCCAAAGGCACAAAGUCUUCUAGGGAAGACUGGGACAAAUAGUUAAAUCUUGAAUGCUUGGUAGGGGGAAGAGGCAAUAACAGUUGAAGUGUGGGAGUGCUGUUCUUGCCCAAGUAUAAAUAGCCAUAAAUGGCAUCCAAAGGUCUCUUCCAACUUUGAGAUCCUAUGUAUGAACACAGGACACUUUACUAGAUGUUGAAGAUAAAAACCAAAAAAAAAAAAAAAAAAAAAAAAAACCAACAAAAAAAAGCAAUCCCUACUCCUGGUGAACAUAUAGCUACAUAUAGAGAUACAACAUAUAUACAGGUGAAUGCUGGAUAAUUUGAGGAAGAGAGGACUAAAAACUAGGUAUAUCAGAAAAAGCUUCCUGUAGGAGGUAGCACAAGAGCUGAGCCUUUAAGAGAACUAGGGUUUCUAGAAAAUAAAGAAGGGUAUACCCUCAACAUAUGAGGGACAGAUUGUGGAAAGUUCUGGAGGUGGGAAGUGGAAUGCUAAGUUCAAGGAACAACAAGUAGGUUGGUUUGGCUGGGAUAUAGAGUAUGUAAAGGGAAGUGAUGUGCAUAUCUAGAAAGCUAUGCUGGGGCCUUAUUUUAAAGGGAUUUAAAUGUCACAGUGAGGAAUUUUUAUCUCAGAUGCAUUAGGGAGUCACUGACAAUUCUUGAUCAAGGGGAAUAACAUAGUAAGAUCUGUCUUAGGAACAUUAUUUUGACUUUGCCAUUGGGGUUGAUUUGGAAAGGAAACCAAUUAAAAAGCUAUUGCAGUAAUUCGUCAGAGACAUGACGAAAGCUUGAACAGAAGUGGUGGUCAUGUGAAGAAGUGGAAAGAAAGGGAUGGAGAGCAGAGAUGUGAUGGAACCUGUAUCAACAAGGGCGAAGUGUGAAAAAAGUCAGAGCUGAGGGUAACUCGAGGGUUUCAAACCUGGUUGUCUUCUGCAGAAAGAGCACUUCCAGGUGAUAAGAUAUUAGGUUCAUUUGGACAAUAGAUGGAGAUGUUCACUAGGCAGUUUUGAUGUGGAACUGAGUUUGGGAGAGUUUGGGGGCUGGAUCAACAAACGUCAGCAGGCUCCAAGUGGUAAGAACUUAGUUACCAGUCUCCUUACUGUUGUGCAAACCUUGUCUGCACUUUGUAGCCUCACUAGAGGUGAAGUAUAGCUGGCCACUAACUAAAAUGACCUUUUCUCAUUUCAGUUUCUUUAGCUCUUCAACAUAUUUUCUAGCUCUUGUCUUUUCUUCCCCCUUUUUUUGCUCUAAAUUUUCUAUUGUCCACAUCCAUCUGUCUACAUGGAGAAUAAAACAACUUAUGGUAAAGUUCUGAGUAUAAGAUGAUCUACUGUACCAUAAUACAAAGAAUCAGUAACGUGAAUUCAGAUUUCCAAAAUACCCCCUGUAAGUAUAAACAAAAAUGUUGCUAGCUUUAUAUUGUAAUAACUAUUGAGUGUGAAUAUUUAGAUCAGAUUGUGAUAGCCAAAUACCAUCUAUGAAAAAUGAGUCUACUUUAUUUGUUGAGUGCCCCCCCCCCAGUAUUGUGCUGAUUUUCAAAGUUAGUUAUAUAUUACCAAUUGUAAUCUAAGGGUCAUUUUUAGUUAUUUAUAUAUAGUUGGCUUUCCCUAUCAAAUUUGGAUAAGUUGUUUUUCUUUCAGUUAUCACUUACAAAGCACUUUGAAAUCUUAUUUUUGCCAUGCAGGGUCCUUUCUAGAUGAUUUUAGCUGCAAACCCCAAUAAACAAUGCUUUUUCUUUCAUCAUUCAUUGCCAAUGAUGACAACAUUAAAUGGCAACAGAUCUUGUGGAAGUUCUCUUUCUUGAGACUGAAUAUAUCCAUUCUAAUACCUAGAACAAAGUAGUCCUUUAAUAAUAGCCAUUUGGGGGCACAGUAGAUAAGAGUACUGAGCCUAGAGCUAGAGCCUCACAGACCUGAAUUCCUACGUGACCUCAGACAUUUGCCAGCUGUGUAGCCCUGUACAAAUCACUUAACCUUUCUUUGCCUUAGUUUCCUUAUUUGUAAAAUGAGAAUAAGCCCUGUCUUACUCAGAUGUUGUGAGAAUCAAAUGAUAAUUGUAAAAUACUUAGCACAGUACGUGACACAUAGUAAGCUCUACAUAAAUGUUAGAUACUUUUUUUAUUAAUAAUAAACUGAUCAAUAAGAUUAUAGUCAACCUGCUUAGGAUACAUAUUUUCAGCAAAUCAGGGACUUUAUUGAAUUACUGAAUAGUAUAGGAUAGUCUGAAACCCCCCCCCUUUUUUUUUAAUAAAGAAAAAUAACAUUUGUUCUAGAAGGAAUCUUAUGACUUAUCCAAGGUCACAAAGGUAAGUGAAGCCAGUGGUGAAAGCAUAAACCACAUACAUGUUGGAAUCUUUACAAACUGUUAAGUCAUUAGAGUUGAUAGAGACAAUAAUUAUCUAAUUUAGCAUGGUUCAGUAUUAUUGAUCUGAUCUUACAAGGAAAUGUUUUGGGCCAGAACCUGAAACAAGGUACUAAGUAGAACUAAUUGAUACAAUGCUUGUGUGCACAUCUUUACUCAUUGUAGUUCACAAGUUUGGGAGAUUUCAGGGUUUAGUAUGAGAUAUCCGAAUUCACACCUCCCUUGAAGCUCUUAGGGCCAGAGAGCACACUGGGAGAUAUCCCACAAUCCUACUCUCUCAGAUAUAAGAAGCAGAGGCCCAGUCGAGAGUUCAGUGGGAAUUAGAUUGGAGAGGAGCAUGCUGGGACAGACACAGAGCAUUCUGGGAGAUUGAAAGCCAGAAGCCCUCUCUCGGAGGCAAAAAAGAUUCAUUACAACUUUUAUCUUGGUGCUGGCUGGAAGCAGAGGCAGAAGCAAAGGACAAAGCUGCAAGAGCUCUUAGAACCAAGGAGAGAGAGAGAGGCCUCUAAGAAAAACUAACCGGGCUAUAUUGAAGGACACAAUAAAAGAUUUGAACUUUUAGCACCUGGCUGCAUUUGGGUGAUUAUUACUUUCAACUAAAACUAAGGCUGUCUCCAGAAAACCUCCCCAAGAAACCAACUCACUCCCAGAGAGAACAAUCUUAUAUAUUAAAAAAGAAAAUUUUACACAUACCGAUGGAUUAAGUGUCAGUAAACUCUUUCCUACUGGGAUGCCAACCAGCUGAUUUCUCCUAUCAUAGGAUGUAGCCCAAAGAACCACACAACAGUGUCAAACAACACCCACCUAGUAAAUAAAUAGCCUUCUUGUAGGUAAAUUUAAUCAGCUCUGUACCAGAUCUAAAAUUAUAUUAUAAAACAGUGGUUACCAAAACCAUUUGGUAUUGGCUAAGAAAUAGACUAGUUGAUCAAUGGAAGAGGUUAGGUUCAAAAGACAAAGCAGCCAAUAACUUUAAUAAUCUAGUGUUUGACAAACCCAAAGACCCCAGUUUUUGGGAUAAGAACUCAUUAUUUGACAAAAAUUGCUGGGAAAAUUGUUAAUUAGUAUGACAGAAACUAGGCAUUGCCCCAUACUUAACACUGUACACCAAGAUAAGGUCAAAAUGAGUUUGUGACUUAGGCAUAAAGAAUGAGAUUAUAAAUAAAUUGGAAGAGCAUAGGAUAGUUUACCUCUCAGACAUGUGGAAGAGGGAGGAAUUUAUGACCAAAGAACUAGAGAUCAUUAUUGAUCACAAAAUAGAAAAUUUUGAUUAUAUCAAACUGAAAAGUUUUUGUACAAACAAAACUAAUGCAGACAAAAUUAGAAGGGAAACAAUAAACUGGGAACACAUUUUUAUAAUCAAAGGUUCUGAUAAAGGCCUCAUUUCCAAAAUAUAUAGAGAAUUGACUCUAAUUUAUAAGAAAUCAAGCCAUUCUCCAAUUGAUAAAUGGUCAAAGACAGGGGUCCUCAAACUACGAGCCGCGGGCCAGAUGCAGCAGCUGAGGACAAUUAUCCCCCUCACCCAGGACUAUGAAGUUUCUUUAUUUAAAGGCCCACAAAACAGAGUUUUUGUUUUUACUAUAGUUCGGCCCUCCAAUAGUCUGAGGGACAGUGAACUGGCCCCCUAUUUAAAAAGUUUGAGGACCCCUGGUCAAAGGAUAUGAACAGACAAUUCUCAGAUAAAGAAAUUAAAACUAUUUCCAGCCAUAUGAAAAGAUGCUCCAAGUCAUUAUUAAUCAGAGAAAUGCAAAUUAAGACAACUCUGAGAUACCACUACACGCCUGUCAGAUUGGCUAGAAUGACAGGGAAAGAUAAUGCGGAAGUUGGAAGGGAUGUGGAACAACGUUGUUGGUGGAAUUGUGAAUACAUCCAGCCAUUCUGAAAGCAAUUUGGAACUAUGCUCAAAAAGUUAUCAAACUGUGCGUACCCUUUGAUCCAGCAGUGUUUCUACUGGGUUUAUAUUCCAAAGAUAUCUUAGGGAACGGGACCUGUAUGUGCAAGAAUGUUUGUGGCAGCCCUCUCUGUAGUGGCCAGAAACUGGAAACUGAGUGGAUGCCCAUCAAUUGGAGACUGGCUGAAUAAUUUGUGGCAUAUGAAUAUUAUUUUCAGUAAGAAAUGACUGGCAGAAUUUCAGAAAGGCCUGGAGAGAUUUAUAUGAACUGAUGCUGAGUGAAAUGAGCAGGACCAGGAGAUCAUUAUAUACUUUAGCAACAAUACUAUAUGAUGAUCAAUUCUGAUGGACCUGGCCCUCUUCAACAAUGAGAUCAGCUCCAAUAGAGCAGUAAUGAAUUGAACCAGCUACACCCAGCGAAAGAACUCUGGGAGAUGACUAUAAACCAUUACAUAGAAUUCCCAAUCCCUCUAUUUUUGUCCGCCUGCAUUUUUGAUUUCCUUCACAGGCUAAUAAUACACUAUUUCAAACUCCAAUGCUUUUUGUACAGCAAAAUAACUGUUAGGACAUAUAUGCUUAUAUUGUGUUUAAUUUAUACUUUAACAUACUUAACAUAUAUUGGUCAACCUGCCACCAGGAGGAGAGGGUGGGUGGAAGGAGAGGAAAAAUUGGAACAAAAGGUUUGGCAAUUGUCAAUGCUAUAAAAUUACCCAUGCAUAUAACUUGUAAAAAAAGAGCUAUAAUUUAAAAAAAAAAAAAAAAAAAAAAAUAACCAGCUGAUUUUUCUUUCUUCACAUUGACUUAAAGCUUUAUGUACUAGCAUUUCUGACUUUAUUUUUUAGUUAUGGACAAGAACACAGCCAGUGGCCGAAGUCCUGCAGAGGUGGCUCAGACAGUCCUUACAGCUGUGGGGAAGAAGAAGAAG